AUGGCUAACUAAUUAAAAAAUCAGCUGUUUGUCAACUAUUUAUAGGUUAUCUUAUUUUUUAAAUUUUAAAUAAUAAUUAAAUGCAAAAUUAUCAGAAAAGAUGAUAAUUGAAUUUGUUAUUUUGUGAUAAAACUGACUGAGGAGUUAUUCAGAAUGAAACGAAUUAGGAUUUGUAUGGUUUCUGACUUUUUCUACCCUAAUAUGGGCGGGGUUGAGGAACACAUAUAUAAUUUAUCUCAGUGUUUAUUAAAAAAGGGACAUAAAGUCAUUGUAAUAACGCAUUCUUAUGGUAAUCGCGUAGGCAUUCGGUAUAUGACAAUGGGUCUAAAAGUGUACUAUUUGCCGAUAAAAGUCUUUUAUAACCAGUGUAUUCUGCCCACAAUGAUCAGCAAUGUAUCUCUAUUAAGGCACAUAUUUUUAAGGGAAGAAGUACAAAUAAUUCAUGGACAUUCCGCUUUUUCAGCUUUAUCUCAUGAAGCCAUGUUAAUAGGAAAUAUCUUAGGCCUCAAGACAGUAUUUACAGAUCAUAGUUUAUUUGGAUUUGCUGAUGCCAGCGCUUUAGUUACAAAUAAAUUAUUACAAAUUUCUCUGGCAGCUUGUAAUCAUUGUAUUUGUGUUUCACAUACAGGGAAAGAGAAUACCGUGCUGAGAGCUAAAGUAAAUUCUGAUAGAGUGUCUGUCAUUCCUAAUGCUGUAGAUACGUAUUCCUUUUUGCCAGAUCCAAACCAAAGAAUACCUUCUCAAAUUACUAUAGUUAUUGUAUCUAGAUUGGUAUACAGAAAAGGUGUGGACUUGACAGCACAAUUAAUAGCAGAUAUUUGCUUAAAAUAUAAAGAUGUUCAUUUUCUCAUAGCUGGUGAUGGACCAAAAAGAUGGCUUCUUGAAGAAAUUAGAGAGAGAAAUGGCUUACAGGAUAGAGUCGUGUUAUUAGGCGCAUUAGAUCAUUCUCAAGUUAGAAAUGUUUUAAUUAAAGGAGAUAUAUUUUUAAAUACUUCCCUUACUGAGGCCUACUGUAUGGCCAUAGUAGAAGCAGUGUCAUGCGGUUUGAAGGUGGUAUCUACAAAAGUUGGUGGGAUACCAGAAGUGUUACCUGAAGAUUUGAUUAUUUUAACAGAUCCAACUGUACCUGCAUUAAUGGAAGGAUUGGAAAAAGCCAUAAGAGAAGUCAACGCAGGUGAAUUUGUGUGUCCCUAUGAAUGUAACAAGCGGGUGGAACAUUAUUAUAACUGGCUGAAUGUAUCUAGCAGAACUGAAGUUGUAUACCAUAGCGUAUCUCAAGAAGAACCAAAGACAUUAUCCCAAAUACUGUUUAAACAUUUAGGUAGCGGCGUGUGGCCAUAUUUACUAGUCGUAUCUCUGAUCUAUUUAAUACUGAAAUUCUACGAAUUUUGGAUACCAGCCAAGGAUAUUGAUAGGGCCAGGGACUACAACAAGACAAAGACAGAAAGUAAAGAAAAAUGAAAGUUUUCUUUUCUUCAUAUUUUAAUCAAUUACAUCAUUUUAAAUUGUAACAAAUUUAUACAGCUGUGAUGUUUUUUAGAGUUAAUAUAUAAUAAUUUAAAAUAAAUAGAAUAAACUCUUAAGCGAACAAAAAUAAAUAUUAGCAGUUAUUUACCAAAAUAUAAAAUUCAUUGUACUCACUUCGUUAUUGAUGUACAGGAUGUCCACGUUAUAUUUUAGUCAAACGCUGUAUAACGUGGACAGCUUGUAGGUACGUUUACAGUAUAAAGUUGUUCAGAGAUCGGAUACACAGCAGGAAUAGAACUACACUUAUAUGUAGACUGCUGUGUUUGGGAAGGUUUAACACAGUUCACUAAAUUAUCUACAGCAGUUCUUCAUUCAUUCUGGUUCUCUACACUUCAUCUAUUUUGUACAAGACAAGAUAUUUAUUAUUAUGAAUUGAUUUAAGGGAAUUUUUCAGUGUUUGUAUAUCAGAGAAUAAUCUUAACGUCUCAUAACUUUUUAUUCCAUCUAAGUAGUUAUUUUUACUUUAAAAGGCAUUUUGACUUAUAGUUUUUAGACUGGCCACUUUAUUGGCUGAUUCCUACUACCCUAACACUAACAUUAAUCCCAAGAAUAUGAAUCAAUGUAGACGAAUGCCAGCGUUCAUACUUCAAAUAUCGCGAUAUUAACAUGUGCCUUAGUUCUAAUAGGUUUCAAGAACAUGGGAUAUUUUAUAUUCUUAGGGAUAAUGCUAGUACCAAAUUAAUUUGCGCAUGCUCAAGUCUAGGGUUUUUAAGAAUUUUCGAAACAAUAUUUGACGUGUUGAAUUUGACUGUUUAUGAACGUUUUUAAUCAUCUGUUCUUUCGUCUGGAAAUGAUCAGUGUUUAUUCACAAACAAGUUAAUGUUGUCAGUGUAGUUUUCUAAAUUUUAACAACUUAGGGUAAGGUUAACUCAAAAAAUAUGUUUCAUAUGAGCACAAGCACUUACUAGAGUAUUCUUAUGACAAAUCGGAGAAGUAUGAACGUAUAUCUUUAAGUUAUUAAGAUUAAUUUGUUCCUAAUAUGCAAACACUUUAUACAGGGGUACUACAAAUUUACAGUUUUUCCAUAAAUUAAAUUUAUCACCUAACUUAGCACGAAAUAAUGUUAUAAAUUAAUAUAACAAAAAAUGUAUAAAGUUAAUAUAUUUUACAACCUUUAUUUUUAGACAUGUAACUUUACAUGUUACUUAAUUAAUUUAAUGUCAGUAACGCUUCAUUCGGAACCUUGAAAUUAGUGGAAUAAAUAGUGAAUUCAAUUAUACUUUAUAUUUAUCAUUCACAAUAUUAAAAAUUUCAGUUAAUAGAAUAUCCCAGCAGAACCUUGCAGUAGUCAGUUGUAUCCAUAGGGGAAGUUUAAUAAUUUGUUAUCUUUUUCUACUAAUUGAAAAGUACUACCGCUAAUUUUAACAUUGAUUACAUUGAAAUUAAAGGAAAAACUUCUAUGUCAAUUAAAACCACUAAUUUAUUCCACUAAUUUUGAGGUUCUUAAUGAAGCUUAAGAACUAACUUUUUAGUUUUAAUCAAUCUUAAAUCGGGUUUUACCUAAAGCGCAUACCUUUUUUCGACAAUAUUAUACAACUUUUAUAGAAGCAUUCUAGAAUCACAUUUAUAGUAAAUAGUCUUUUAAAAAAAUCAAUAGUUUUUUUACUACUUUUAAGUAAGAUUAGGCCUGGUUAGUCCUUAGUUUUGAUUUAGGUACAGACGACUGCUUGGGUUUAAGUAGGAAUGUCCUAGGAAUGCAAACAAUCGUUUUUUUUUGGUUUUGAUUGUAUGGUCCACAUUAGUUAUUAAUUUCCGAUAAACCCAAGACAAUUUAUAUAAGCAAAACCAUGUUGUAUAUAACAUAAUAGAAUAACAGUGACCCUAGAUCAUAAUAUAUCAUGGUAUACGUGGAUAUAUCAAAGUAAGAUUAUCAUUAAAAAGAGUGUCUUCAUCAUCACGACAUGCCAUUUUCAUACCCUCUUUAUUGCACUUUU